GAAGAGAGAUGAUCUGUCAGGCCGUUCAGAGAAAGGAGAGGAAGAAGAGGGGGUGGGGGGGGGGAGAAGUUUAAAAUGCCUUGAACUAUUCACCGCUGAGAUGGCUAAUCAGUAUUGAGGCUCCGGGGCAAUCGGGCAGCUUUUCAAUGUGGUUUUCCCUUUCAUCUCAAUCGGGGGAUGGAGGCGCUCAAUUAAAAGCCUAUCAGUUUGUCGACUUGGAGAGCAAGAAAACCUGGAGUGGACAGUGAAUGAGGAUAAAUUCUGCUUAAAUACCUAAAAAUAAAUAAAUAAAUACAAACGCAAACAUGUUAAAAAGAUUAACCAAUAGGUGAAACUUAAAGGAGAUGGAAAAAAAAAACGUCAAAUACAUACUGCAUAAGAGUCGUAAUAUUUAAAGUAAGGCCUGUAAUAAUAACACAAGUAAGAAUAUCAUUAAAUCGCAAUUAUGAAGUUUCAAAUUAGCACGUUUUUGUCUGUAUUCGCAAAAAAAAAAAAAAAAAAUUGCAAACAGAUGUGUUCCUUCAAAAUAUGUUUUCACUUCUGUUUCUUUCUGCUAAGGGAAAGAAAAAAGAAAAACAAAACAGAGUGGAGCGUUUCAUAAUAUGCAAAGAUGUGUGAUUGAUAACAGCCUUGCUGUUUUCUGCGAAGGAUGUCAGUCCCUGACACAAUAUGUGAAUUAUUAGGGCAAAGAAGGGCAACCAUAAAUUUUCACUGUCAGGCGAAAACCCUCUUUAUUGUCCGCAUGACAAAUGGGGCUCCUGCUCCAGACACCAAAAUGCUCGGCAUUCCUCUUAAAUGGGAACACAUUUCUCGCGACCAUAAUUCACCAUAUUUAAAUAGAAAGUUUUAAUAUCCCUCCACCGCCAUAUAUUUCGCCACACACUGACAUGUUUAUGAAUCACCUCGCAUGCAAAUACAACUAUUUACAUCUCGAGAGGAAAUAUAUUGGGAGUUGCAGGAUUACUGGGAGCUGCGUGUUGGGCCGACGAUCAAGAUUCACUAUUAAAAUAACUUUAUUAAAGCUUCCGUAAAUUGUUUUGAGUCAAAUUUGUGUGCUGCUGAGUAGUGAAAAUGUUAAAAGUUAUUUUCGUAGCACUUUCUAGAUUAAUAAUUGACUUUAAAACGUCAAAUCAAAGUAACCAAAAUACAACUAUGCACGUAACUUUAUGAGAUAAAAUGAAACAGAGCGUUACAAAAAAAAAAAAAAACUUACGCUACGUAUUUUCUAUAUCCUUUUUAUAAAUAAAACUCCAACGAUAAAUGACGUUAAGUUAAAGUCCGUGAUAUGACAUUACCUUACUAUACGCUCCGACGCAGAGGUAAAUGGUAACAAAAAACAACAACAACGUUAUAGCAUUACAAGAUACUCCGUUUGAUUCAAAUGAGGUGUUUUCUUUUUUCUUUCUUUCUUUCUUUUUAUGCAUGAGUCAAACCGGCUUUCUGUCGCCCAUGACGCGCCGACAGAAGCGACAGAGAGGACUGAAGCCAUGCAGACUCCCUCCGCUCCAGCAGAAGGAAGAGAAGAGGGAGAAAAUGAGCUUCUCCGCGAGUGGGAGGGAGGUUUCAGGUGGAAGCGCGCAGGUAGAACAAGAGGCGAGCCAUGGUAAUUGACAGUAAACGCCAUGCUAUUGGGAGAAUAGAUGGAGUCGUCAGGAGACAGUCAGCAGCACUGAGGUUUUACGAGUUAAACAGUGACCGCGUGCUUCCGCAACACAGCGGGUCAGCUGAUUCAAGCGGCACGCGGAAACAGUAAAAGCCAAUUGUAAAGCGUCAGAAGAACCUGCAAAGCAGCAGCGCCACAUUCACAGGAAUCAAUACUGGGUGUCAACAACCGUGAGGGAGACUACAUGCUCUGACUUCCACUGCUUAAAAAACACAAACAAACAAACUCCGAACUGUCAUUAUCAGGAAGACGUCAUGGCUCAGAGGGAGUCACCGGUCGUUUUAAAUGGGACUCAAAUAUCAUACAUUGGACAAGACUCUAAGGACAUCCCCCACUUUCUUGGAGAGACGUACGGCAAGUUUGCAAGACGACUGGAUCUGAGCUUCAAUCUGCUCAGGUCGCUGGCAGGCCUCAAAAUGUUUACUGAGCUGGAAGAGUUGGUCGUCGACAACAAUCUGCUUGGAAAUGACCUCCAGUUGCCCAGGUUACCCAAGCUCCACACCCUGACACUCAAUAAGAACCAACUGACUGAUAUCGAGGCCCUGCUGGAACACUUAGCGGAUGUGACCCCAUCGCUCGAGUACCUAAGCCUGCUGGGAAACGAGGCCUGCCCCAACCAGCUGGUGAGCCUGGAUAAGGAUGACGACGACUACCAGAGAUACAGGUUCUUUGUACUUUACAAAUUGCCCCAGCUGAAGUUUCUGGACUCCAGGAAAGUAACAAAAAAAGAACUGAUGGAGGCACAGGCGAGAGGGGCGUUCAUGAAAGUGGUGAAGCCAAAGUUGGAAGCACUGCCUAACGAGGCAGGAUUAGAGAAUCGCCCACUGCCCUACACACCUUUGCCUCGAGGAUCCAGAGAUGCCGGAAACCACAAAGGGGUAUUCGCCAAGUGUCGCUACAUCUACUACGGCAAGCACUCAGAAGGCAACAGAUUCAUCCAAAACGAUCAGCUCUGAUGUCCACAGGAUGCUCUCAGAGGAGUCGUGUUUUUUUUUUUAUUUAUUAAAACCACUGGGGAUUUUUUUUUUUAUUCCGAUCACCUAAUCUACUGCUGGAAAACAAAAGAUAAUUUUAAUCCAAAUAUUCUGUUGUACUUAUGCAUGAUGAAUGCUUUCUUGUUCAUAUUAAAUUUUAGAGCCAUAGUUUUAGUCUCCUCUCCUGAGCCGAAACGACUUCUGUUUUCCUGCUUGCAGCUCAGAGUCAGAGAUGACACUCCCACUGACAUGAUUGCCUCUAAGCAUCAGCUGCAACACAAUUCUCUCACACACACACGCACACAUACGCACACACAAGGAACGUCUCCCUGCCUUAUUGUCUUACACACAGCGAGCAACAAACAUAUCCAGGCAAUUGCUUCCUUUUCUUUGACACCAAUGAUGGAUCACUUGUCCACAACAGCUACUAAUCAAGGGUGAAGGGGGUGGCGGUCACACACCUGGGCCCUGACAUGGACUCAUCUUCUUCAUUCUUGAUUUCUCUGAUUUUUUCUUUUUUUCUCUCUCCUGCGCUCGUUGGACUUAAACUGCUGUUUAAGUCAUUAAGAUAAGAGGUGAGAGAAACCGGUGAAAGCAGCAAUAGCUGAGAAUCGGUGUCUUCAGUAACAUGCACAGCAGCAUUCCAGAUUUUGACAUUGUUCUAGACAGUGAAAUUGUGUUUGUGGGAGCUGUAAAUAGGUUUCUAUUCUUAUUGCUGUUUACAUGUUACAGAGCAUUGUGGGAUUACAUCCUCCUACACCAUUUGAUAUGUUUGGCCCAUCUGGAGCCCUAAUUACCUGCAUGCCCUUCAAAACAUGAAGCUUUGCUCUUUUUCUUACCAUUAUCAGUUCUCCUUUUGGCACCUGCUCUGUUCUCCACUAAAUCUGUUGAAAUUUCUGCUGGAUUCACUGUUAAAUUGGAAGAUUUUUUUAUUUCUUUUUUACAAUUUUUACUAAAACAACUACCUUGGUGAGGAUCCCCAAUAAAAUAAUUCAUGCUUUACAUAAAUUGACGUUUUUAAAGAUUUAGGCACCCUAGUCAAAUUAUUUAACAACUGAUCUCCAAAUUCAACUCUGUAGCAAACAGUAAGAAGCUACGGAUUAAAUAUCUGUAAAAACACGCCUAUGCAAAAUGUUCAUAAAAUGUCACCAGCAUUUCAUGUUUAAGGUUGGUGCAAGCACUUCAUCACCAUAAACACGAGUGCUUAUCUAGCUACUGACUUGUGCAAUGUGCACAGUUCAGCACACAUGGUUUAUAAACCCUCAAUCAGCUUAAAAGAAAUGUGACAAACAUUAAUGUUACCAAAAAGAGAGAUACAAAGUGAACUUAUGUCUAAACUUGGCUAACAAUAGCUAACUAGUUAAUGUUAUCUAAGUGAAAAAUUAUAUGAAGUGAAAUUAUUCUCUAGAGCGAACUAAAACCAUUAGCACAAACCACUGACUAUUUUCUUGUCACACAACAUCUUUUUCCAUCUGUCCAUUUCUGGUAGAAGUUUAGUGAAGUCUGAUCAGAUUGUUGUACAGUUCAAAAUGGCGGCCUGUUAAGACUGAUGAGACUCGUUCCAAUCUUUUUUCUAACCUAACAAGUUAAAACAGCCCAGCUGUGAAAUGUCAUCAACUUACAAAGUAACUGAGCUGCACAACAGGUAAAACUCAUCAAAUGGAGUGUAAAAUUUAUCUUUGGGAUAUUUUUCCAAUAAAAGAAAGAAAUGUCAGAAUGAAAUCAUACUUUACUACCAGAUUCUCAUAAUUCAUUUAGCAUUAUUGUUCUUAUUCCUGUUGAGUUUUUUUCCUACUUUGUCAUAGCCUUUGUUUGUACUUACUGUGAUUUUUUUUUUAAAAUUUGUACUGCACUUUCAGAUAUAAACGAGCUGUGAAGACAUACACUGGAGUUUCUAAUCGACUGUCCUGCUUAUGUGAAUAUUCUUGUUUUUUUUAUUAUUACUGUUAAUCUCGCACACUGUGUUUCUGGUACGAUGGCUUCAAGGGAACCUUCCAGAUGAAGAUUUUGAACAAGCGCUUAAUUUCUAACACCUGAUCUAAGAAAAGAAAUAUAUAUAUAUAUCAUUGCCGUGUGAUUAAAAGGGCUCAACUCAAAUGUG